AUGAGUAAAGAUCUUAAGGAGAUGUAUGCACUUACAGAACAGCAACUUCUACUGAUUCAACGCUAUUUUAUGUCCGACACAUCUGAUUAUGUCAGUGAAAGCGCUACCAACGAAUGGAUGAGUGGUAAUGAUAAUGAUUCUAGUGGUGAAAUGGAUACUGAAAAUGAAGCGGGAGUUGUUGAUUGGACCGAUUUCGGCUCUUUUGAUGUAGUUGACACUAACGAUCCACGCCCUGCCCUUAUCCGAAAAGAAAGUAAAGAUUUUAAAAAAACUGGCAAAAAUUCGAGAUGGUUACAAGGAUCCUUGAUCUCAGCUAUAGCUAGUAAAUUAGCUUGGAAUUUAAUUGCUUUGAUUACAGGGAAUAUGGAUUUGCUAGUUUUUGCUCAUGCGCAAAAGGUUGUUUCAAUUGAGAAAAAUCCUUCAGACAAUACAUUUCAAAUAAUUGCGCAGUUCAAUACUGCUGAUUUAUCAUGGUCCCCUCCGGCUUAUAUUCGAUGCCUAUGCGUAUUGCCAUUGAGUUGUACAAGAAAAACGGAAACGUCAUUAUAUGACUGGUCAGCAAUUGCUGUUGGAAUGAGCAAUGGAUAUGUCCGAUUUUUUACUGAAAAAGGCUUACUGCUACGUUCUGAUCACAUUUCGAACAGCCCUAUCGAAGAAAUUCGUCUUGGAAGAUCGGUGAUGGCUGGAAAUCAAGAACUGGCGGUACUGUCACAAACCGAAUUGACGUGUAUUGAAGGUCUUUCAUUAUACGUAGCGUUGAAAACAGCGAAAAGUCAGCUUGCCUGCGGUGAGAUGGACAUAGAGAAAGUAGCAGCUCAUGCAAAGUUAAAUGUUGAGAAGUUGAAAUUUGAAUCUGGCAUAAACGUAGUCGAUUUCGGUAUUUCGGGUCUAUUAAAAGCAACCUGGUUCGACCUCCAUAGUGCUGCAACACUUUCGCCUUACGGUUACAAGGCUAAAAUAGAACGCUCAUCACUUCCGCUUUAUUCGACAUAUGUUUUUGUUGGCCGGUCACCCUAUGUAGGUUUUGGUUGGCAUACACCAAGUGCUCCACAGAAUGUCUUAAGUGAUGCUUUAUAUGCUCUUGGAAGUCAGCUUACAUCCUCUGUUGCAUCAAGCAUGUCAUCAUUUGGGAUACGUUCAUUCCUGGGUAUAGGCACAUCUCGAAAGGAUCAUCAACCGAUUGUUGAAAUCAAACCCAUUGCUGUGAUACCAAUGCGUUCAUCUAUUGUUGAUGGCAAGCGGGAAGGUGAACGCAUAUAUAUGGCACCAGCAAAGUAUAAACUUGCUGCAGUGACAGAUUCGUUAGCCCGCGUGACCUUAAUUGAUAUUAGAACCCGUCAAAUGGUGCGGAUGUGGAAAGGAUAUCGUGAUGCGCGUUGUGCCUGGUUGGAAGAUGAAUCCACAUUAGACCGGAAGAAAAGUAGAUAUGAACUUGAAGUACAACCAUCAACUGCUUUAUUCUUGAUAAUAUUUGCACCAAGGCGUGGUUUACUUGAAGCUUGGAGUAUGCAGAAUGGAAGGCGAGUUUUUGCGUCAAGAGUGGAUCGACAUGGUCGAUUAAUUGGUAUACCGCGACUCAGUGAUCAUUUAUUAGGCUGCAAUGAACGGGCUGCAUCAUAUUUGCCAUCCGUUUUCUUUUUAUCAUCGGAUGGAACGAUUCAUCACCUGUGGAUUCCCUUCCAUUGUGCAUUAUCGGACGAAAGUGACUCCGUUAUUCAUGAUUCAAGUAUUAUCAAAGAGAUUAAUCACAUGAUAAAAGAUGGCAUCAUUGAAGAUUUUUCAACUUGGUUGCAAUUUUUCCGUGCUCUGAAGACGAUUCCUGCACUGCGAGAAAGUGUGGAUCUUCUUUGGCGGGAUUGUGACAUCGACUGUUACAGACUUGGCGAUGUUAUGACUUCCGUUCUACAGCAUGUAGAAAGCUUUCAUGCAACGAAGGAAUCCCCAGAUAGAAAUAAUUUGGUGAUUUAUGUUACUACAAUUUCACGGUUGCUUCAUGUUUAUAUAUAUUUGCUUAAAAUAAAUACUGAACCGCCGAACACAACAAAUGAGGAAUUCGAAAAGACUGAUAUUGCUGAAAGCCUUUCCAUCAGUAAAGAAAUGUUGGAUUUAUGCCUUCAACGAAUUUCCGAGUUUUCCGAGUAUCACACUAAGAAUAAUUCUUCGAAAGGGAAAAACCUUACACUUGCUGAAUUCAUAGCGCAUUUUGAUUUGGUUCAAGCGAAUCUGAUAGCGUCGAACGAAAUACGACUGAAAAACAAAUUAGUCAAGAAAACCGUUGCAUUCGGCGAGCUCCUUUUUGAUGGCGUAUUAACGGAACGCUGUACAAUUCAGCAGUUUGUAAACUAUGUAAUACCACAACUCGGCUUAUCAGAAAAAGAUUUUGCGGAUGCGUUUUGUGCAUAUUGGAUGAAUCCAUGUGAUGAUCUCGUUCAUCGCUUGCCACGUGUUUUAAUCCUCUGUAAGCAUCUAUCGGAAGUUGAUUCAGAUGGACAAUCUUGGUUAACCAAAGUAGAGCGAAAUAUUCUUAUCAGCCAAGAACUUGGUGCAGCUCUGACAUUGUGUUUGGUUGCACGAGCUAUCGCAUUCACUCGGAGACAUUCAUUAUUAAAUGUGAUGAUCAGCAGCAGCAGCAAAUUGAAUGAUGAAUCGAAUCAUGAGGAUUGGGAUGAGGUGGAAUUAUCGUUGGAAUGGUGGGAUUUGCUUUUAAGACAUUUGCAGUGCAUGCUUGUUCUUAAAGCACUACCUGGUGAUUUACAAGUCUGCCUUUCAGACUUAAUCAGUGGUGGUCCAGCUUAUUAUAGAGAACAGAUUGGUAAAUGGUCAGCAGGAUUCAAUUUGGAUCCGGAACAUCUUUAUGAUAUCUUAGAUGAUCCAUCAGUAGUAAAUCCGAAAGUAAAAUGGGAAGUUACAAUCGGUGAAUUGAGAAAAUUGUUUCCAAUAAGUCUUUCACCUGAACUUGUCAUAUGUGAUUGUGCAUGGGAAUGUAUUGGUGCAUGGAGGCGUCAGAAAGAUAAAAAUGAAGCUUGCAAAUUGUUAAAAAAAACAGUGAAAUUUGUUGAGCUCUUGGGUGAAGCAGGCAUAUUACAACACGAAUUGCCGAAUGGACCUGGCAAGCUUUUGUUUUUGGAAAUUUUUAAAAGUUUUGAGAAUGAGCAUUUCCCUUCCUGCUGUACAAAAGUUUUACGAUUGUUACGGAAUUCUAUAAGAUUUGCGGAAGCAGUCGAUGGAAAUGAAGAUUCCUCGAAUGCUUCUGUUGGCUAUAAUUUAUUCGAAGAUUUUAUUGAAUCAAUGUUUGAAUUUCGACGGCGUAAACAAACGAAACCAAAAAAACCGUUGAGUCUUAUGGCUGGACUUCAGAAGCCAGUAAAUUAUCCGCUUGUUUGUCAUCAUCAUGACCUUGCGAUGGUGAUCGAAUUGCAAGUUGCUCUGGAAGAAUGGCCUCCAGGACCAAAAUAUUUGUUCGAUUCGAUUGGUGAACGGGCGUUUUUUGAAUCAUUUUACGCCCAUCCAUUGAUUCCGAUGGAAAGCGUUACGGAAAGUGUUCGAGAAAAGAGAAUGGAUUUUCUAAAGACAUGUAUCGCUCAUAAUGGUUCAUCAGAAUUUACUCGUGACCUACGUUUUCAUAUCUAUGAUUUAGCUGAUGAUUGGGCACUUAAUACUGACGAAAUCAAGAGCAAAGAAGUUGUUACUUUAUUCCAAAAAGGUCUUGACGGCCAGGCAAAAGAUGUCUUAAGAGUGAUGGAAAAUAUGGAACUUCUGCCUUAUGAACUUUUUGACAUAGCUGUUGCCCGUGUCAGAAAAUGGUUCGACACAAAUGAAAAGGAGGAUCUUAUGAUGCGCGGUUUAAAGAUGUCAUUUAUGAAUGAUCGGAUGAUGAAAUGUAUUCGUGAGUCAAAAAUGGAAGUUGUUCUGGUUCCGCCUGAUGAUAUUAACCAACUUAUGCGUCAAGUAAGAAUAUGUAUAAAUCGAGUGCAUCCGAAUGAUCAAGCGGUUAAAAUCGAUCGCCUUGCUCUUGACUUCGAAAAACUUAUAACAAUGAUUCAAUAA